GAAGAAGCAGAAGAAGAAGAAGAAGAAGACAAUGAUUUUUUCCAGUUUCGGCCCUUUUCUUAUCAUAAUGUUGUCGUUUGUAUUUUCACGAUGUUUUUGUCUCGCUUUUUCGGAAGUAAACUACGCCUCUUGUCCGAGUGUGCCUUCAUUUUACCAAACUUAUGCUACCUCAAGUCCAGGAUGCAGUAAGGUUGUCGACAACGUGGUGACAUAUGAAGACCUGGUGGUCAUGUUGUCCAAACAGGCUGUUCAGUUAUUUGAUGUACGAACUCCUGAAGAAUACCAGGCUGGACACAUUCCGCAGGCUGUCAACAUUCCAUUGGACACUCUGGAGGAAUCUCUGAAGCUGAUUCCUGAGCACUUUCAGCAUAAAUUUCAUGUGAAUGCACCGAAGAAAGAUGACCAGGACAUUGUGUUUCAGUGCAGAACUGGAAUAAGAAGUGCCAAAGCACUGGACAUCGCUUAUCAGCUGGGUUAUAGCAGGGCGAAGCACUAUAAAGGAGGGUACAGUGAGUGGACAGAGAAGAGGGAAUAUUAAUCUGCACCUGAAAUCCCACUCAGACUGAAUCCUGGACUUCAGUCAAGCUAUGUAUUUAAAUGGACAAAAACUACCAAAUGACAGAAUAAUGCUGAGCAAAAAACAAAGAAAGGAUAUACUUCAUGAACAUCUUGCCACCAUUUUAAUUUGCAUUACUGCCAACUUGAGUUACAUUUCUUUUUUCAUAUUGGAUGAAAAUGUUCAUAUCAGUUAUGAAGUAAAUGAUUGUUAUGAUCCAUAAAGUUUUGCAUUAUACACUAGCUUGUUCUCUGUCAAGAUACAUGGUUGAUGAAAGAACUAGUUACUGUGAAAUAUCUUAUUUGUCUUAAAAGGUCAACAUCUGUAUGUGCCUGUCAAAAGACACAACAGUUCCUCUUGUAUUUACCUGGAGCAGUUGUUGCAGUGAUUAUAUGUGUCAAUAGAUGGCAGCAAACCUUCACUCAACCCAAAGUUUUAAUCCUGUUUUCCCACCACUGUCUUUUAUCAUUGUCAUGAUUCCCCCUCAGACCUGACCUUCACACCAGUUAUGCUCUAGAAUAAUGUCGAUCCUGUGAUUACCGGUUGUAUGAAUAGCUGUCAAGAGCCCUUUUGUGCGAGGUCCACCCAUGGAGUUAUUUAGCCGUAAACUGAUCACACUUCAUUCUGUCGUUAUUCCAUCUCGUCACCUCCCAUUAUAGGCUAUUUAUUAAGCAGCAGCACAGCAGUGUGUGUGUGUGGCAUGUAUCAGUUAUCUCUUGUUAGGAGAGCUGUGGUAUUUUCUCUAAUUUAACAUGUCAAACGAGUUCUGGGGUGCAUUCAUGUCCAGAAACAUGGUUGAGCGUCUCUGAACUCUGAGUUAAUUGAGCCUAAGAUGGGAAACCGUUUUCGAUUCCAGAACCGUUGGUUUGAGUUAGUUUAAUCAACUCGGACUGGUUUCAUUCUGAGUUAACCUUGUGUACAAAAGCAGCAUUAAUUUAACCCCAAUGCUGGGAUAAACUAUGGCGACUACUUAUGGAAAAUUUAUAAAUAAAAAUUUCAGCACCAACAUGGUUGCAGCUGCAGCAGAGCAAGAAAGGGUGUAUCACAUGUGUCUGUGAUAGCCUAGGCCCUAGCGUCCUGUCCAGGGUGUAGUCCCGUGGCUGAUGGGACAGGCCCCAGCCCCCUGUGACCCUUGAUUGGAGUAAGUGUGUACAAAAUAAUCAAUGGCAAUAACAUUAGAGGUGAAAACUGCUGGAAUGAACUAAAAAAUGUAUUUAAUUUAUGUCCAAUUCUGUGCCCAAAAAACAUGGAAAUGGCUGAAAAUGAAAUGCAAGAAUAAAUUCAAACGGAUAAAACUACAGCUUAA